AUCAUCAUUGUCCUGAUUGGAACUGGCAGCCCAAAGCUUGACAAAUAAUGUCUCAGGGCUUUGGAAAAAGCCCCUUGCACCUUUCAAAGUUGUAGCUGCUGUGUGUGUGAGAUAAUGGAAGGUAUUUGGAUCAACAGAUAUCGGAAGCAACUGGUAAAAUCCAUCAGCGGGCCCUUUCUGGAGACUAUAAUCCGUUACAUGAAGAGGCAGGAUUUGAUCAGUGCUGAAGAAGUGAAUCAGAUUCAGGAACUGAGUACCCUAUCAGACAAAGUAAAGGCAGUCAUUGAUGUUCUAGCUGGUAAAGGGAACACAGCCUCUGAAUCGCUGCAGACCUUUAUAGAAACCACUAACUCACAGCUGUAUCUUUCCAUUACCAUUUAUGAGCCAAUGGUACAGAAACAUAUCGAGGUUUUGCAGAACAAGUUUGGGAGUGGGAAUGACAUCAGCGCAAUGUGUGAGAAGUCCUCCCUGGAAAGACUGACCAAUCUCCUGCUCAUUGAUGGGCUGACGGACAUCCAACAGAAAGAACAUGAUGUGAUGCAAACUGAGGCCACCAGAGGGAUGAAGAACAGCCCAAAACAUAUCCCAUUGGAAAGGCUCUUCCUUCCCCUUUCAAAGGUUAACAUCCCACCACGUAUUUCAGUAACAGUUGGGGUGGCUGGAAUUGGUAAAAGCACUUUGGUGAAAAUAUUGGUGUACAAAUGGCUGAAGGGGGAGUUGUACAGAGAUGUAUCUUUCAUAUUCCCCUUCAUGUUUCGAGAACUGAACUCCUUUGAAAGAAUAUCUGCAGAAAAGCUGCUGAAGUUGACCUUUCCCCACAUCACUGAAACCAACCACAUCCUGAAUGGGACAGCAAAGGUGGUGCUUAUCUUUGAUGGUCUGGAUGAAUUCAAGUAUCCACUGGAGUUUUCAAACUCCCAGAUAUGCACUGACCCAAAAAAAGACAUCCAAAUCGACAACUUAAUCACCAACAUAAUACGGGGUACCAUCUUUUCCCAGGCAACUGUCUGGAUCACUUCACGCCCAACAGCAGCAGGUCAAAUUCCAACUGGACUUGUGGACAGAAUGACAGAACUCAGGGGCUUUGGGGAAUUGGAGAUUAAGGACUUCUUAGAAACACUGUUUGAAGAAAGAACAAUGGCAAUGCAGGUCUUUCUGUGUAUAAAGGCCCAUAAAUCGCUCUACAUAAUGUGCUCUGUCCCGGCCUUUUGUCUGAUGAUUGGGCUGUCCCUUGCAUACUACCUCAGAAUCAGUAAUGAUGGUCUUAAGGCUGGGAAUUUCCCAAGGACAAUGACAGAAAUCUAUACAUACUUCUUCAAAAUGAUUCUCAAUGGGGACUGGCAGGAAAAGGAACAGGAGGCACUGAAGAUUGGACAAACAUUUAGUAAUAACAAGAAACUAAUUAUUAACCUAAGUAAGCUGGCAUUUUAUGGGUUAAUCAAGCGGAAGUUUGUUUUCUAUGAACAGGACAUGAAGGCAUAUGGCAUUGACCUCACUUCACUACAAGGGAGCAUGUGUACUGGGAUCUUUGGCAAGGAUGACUCCAAUAUCUGUACAGUUUACUACUUUACACACAUAACCAUACAGGAGUACCUAGCUGCCAUUUAUUAUUACACAGCAGCCAAAAGGGCCAUAUUUGACCUCUUCACUGACAGUGCUAUGUCUUGGCCCAAGAUAGGCUUCCACAACCAUUUUAAGAAUGCAAUCAGUAAGUCCCUUCAGUCAGAAGAUGGUCAUUUGGACAUAUUUGUGCGAUUUCUUUCUGGGCUGCUCUCGCCAGAAGUGAAUGGAUUGCUGCAAGGCCUGCUCCUGACAAAGGAUGAGCAAAACAGCUACCGAGCACCAGUGAUGCACCACCUGCAAUGCUGCCUCAACACCGACUACAUCAUCUCCUCACGAACGGUCAACAUAAUGCACUGCCUCAAUGAGUUGCAGCACACUGAGAUUGCAAAAGGGGUGGCAGAUGCCCUACGAACAGGGAGUCUGGCUGGGAGACUGACACCCAUAAACUGCUCUGCUCUGGCCUAUCUCCUGCAGGUAUCUGAGGAAUGCAUGGAAGAGACCAAUCUCUCCAACUGCCUGAGCUAUAACAUCUUCAAGAGCUUGCUCCCCCGUCUACUGUAUUGCCACAACCUCAGGCUGGAAAACAACCAGUUCAAUGACAAUGUGAUGGAUCUACUGGGCAGCUUGUUGAGUGCUAAGGACUGCCAGAUCAAAAAGAUUAGUUUAGCUGAAAACCUAAUUGGCAACAAAGGAGCAAAAGCAAUUGCACGGUCAUUGAUGGUGAACAGGACUCUGGCUGCAUUAGACCUUAGGAGCAAUUCGAUUGGUCACAAAGGAGCAAAAGCAUUUGCAGAUGCCUUGAAGAUAAACCAGGGUUUGGUCUCAUUGAAUCUUCAGAAUAAUUUUGUGGCUGAAGAUGGGGCAAAGUUCACCGCAGAAGCUCUUCAUGUGAAUCGCAAACUAACAGUAUUAAACCUUCAAAAGAAUUCCAUUGGCCAUGAAGGUGCCAAGCGGAUUGCAAGUGCCUUAAAGCAUAAUGGGAUCUUAAAGGAACUCAUUUUGUCCAGCAACAGCAUUGGUGAUAUUGGAGCUGCUGCCAUAGCUGAAGCCUUGAAAGUGAACAGAAGCCUCAUAACACUCAACCUCCAGAGUAAUUCCAUAAGUAACAAUGGUGCCACUGCCCUAACCGCAGCUCUCAAACUGAAUGAAGGCCUCAUCAACCUGAACCUUCGAGAAAAUUCUAUUAGCCUCAAUGGUGCAAGGGAAAUUGCGAAUGCACUACGUGUGAACAAGGUGCUUAGGACCUUGGAUUUAACAGCGAACUUGUUACAUGAUGAAGGAACAGCAGCAAUUGCGUCAGCUAUUCGAGAAAAUCAAACUCUUUCCUCUCUGCAUCUUCAGUGGAACUUCAUCAGUUCAGAAGCUGCAAAAGCUUUAGCUCAAGCACUACAGUCCAAUCACAGCAUAACCAGCCUUGACCUUCAGGAAAACAGCAUUGGAGAUGAAGGGAUCAUCGCUCUUUCAGCUGCACUCAAAAAUAACUCAGUGCUGACCUCUUUAUACCUACAGGGGGCGUCAGUGAGUGUGAGAGGUGCAAAGGCCUUGGCUGAUGCUUUGCUGGUGAAUAACAGCUUGAUGACUCUGGAUCUCCGAGGAAACAUGGUGGGUGUAGCUGGGGCAAAGGCAAUCGCUAAUGGUCUGAAAGUCAACAACAGCCUCCAAACUCUCAACCUUCAAGAAAAUUCCUUGGGACUUGAUGGGGCAAUGUGCAUUGCAAUUGCUUUGAAAUACAACCGCAGCCUCAGCCACAUCAAUCUCCAGGGCAACAGGAUUGGAGAAUCGGGGGCAAAGGUCAUCGCUGCUGAAAUAAGAAGCAAGUCACCGCAAUGUGUUGUUGAAAUAUGAAUUAAGAAUAGUCUGUGUUGGAAUCCAAGCAGUAUUGACCAGCUCAGAGUACCGUCUUCCUUCCCUAACACAUUCCAUUGCACUCAAAUGCUUUGUACAUUUUGAGCUGAUCACUGGACAGGCCAUGAUGCCUCUGCUAGGUGGGCACAGUGUGGUGAUCCCCAUUACUUCAGACUUUCUGAGACAUUUGCAGAAGGUGGUGUCCACCUCGUUUUUAUUUUCUACCCCCCCCCCCCCCCCCAACAAAAACCACACAUGGAUACUAAUGAGUAUAAGGAUGUUCCCAUUGACAGGAGUGGAUAACAUCAGUGAAGUGACUACACAUGCAAUAAUUAUUUCAAAUUCAAUCCCUGUGAAAAGGUUAACCUAACAUUGUUCCAAAUGCAGCCUAUAACAUUUUGUUUUCUGUUUUCACCUGUCUGAAUAAUUUAACUUAUUGGACUGGGCAAUGUAUGACUGGUGCUGAUGCUGUUUGUAGCCCCAAGGCGUCAAAAGCAUAGGAACAGUGUUUUAACACCACAAACCCAAUAGGGUAAAUUGUGGUUAAUUACCAUUCAUAAAUAAAUCUGAAGGAUUAUUUCCCAUUAUCAGCAGUAAUGUUAAGACAAGGUAAACCAUAUGGCGAUCUGAAUUUUUGUUGGAUUAACUUGUAUAGGAAAAAUUGGGAGAAAGAAUAUAAAGAGUAUCAUUUUAAAAAUUUGAGGUGGGGGGCAGUGGAAGAGCAGUAGGAACUGGGGGUAUAUGUACACAUCAUUGAAAGUGGCAGGGUAAGAAUGUCAUGAAUGAAGCAUCAAGAUUCUGGCUUUAUAGGUAGAGACAUAGGUUGAAAAAUAUAAUGAGAAAUGAAAAACUUGUGGUGAAACACUGGUCAGCCUCAACUGGAGUAUUGUGCAAUCCUGGGCAUCACACUUUAGGAAGGAUUUGACAACACUUAGAGGAGUUACAGAAGCUGAGGCUGUUCUUCUUGUGAGAAGAUUGAAAAGAGAUGUGAUAUUGAGACAUUAAAAACUCACUAGGGGUCUAGACACAGUAGAAGCUGAUUGUAUUUGUAGAAAGGUCAAGAUCCAAAGGAUGCAAAUUUACAGUGAUUAGCAAGAAAAACAAGGAAAAGCUUUUUUUUAGACAGUUAGGCUCAGAAUUCACUGCCUGAUAAUAUGGUAGAAGCAGAUUCAAUUCUGGCUUUCAGAAGAAUUGGAUCAUUAUCUGAAGGGAAAACAACGUCAGGCACAAGGACAAAAGACGAGGGAAUUGCUCUGCAGAGAACCAGCAAGGACGUGAGAGGAGUGGCUUUCCCCUUUCUUAUGACCACUUUGUCACCCCGUUGUAAACAAACAUGUUCUCUAACUCCUUAUGGACAAGAUCCACAGGUUUGAGUGUUGCAGACAUUUGCUGUAAUCCUCUGGUCUAUCAGAAGCUAGUUUGUGAUUUGGUUUCCAUCAUCUUCCAUUAAUUGUAACUUUUUGUAAAACUCAGCAUGACCAGUUAUUGUUUGAGGCUGUGCAGAGUAGCAGUGAGUAGGUAGGAGGUU